UCAUUUUCUAUUGAUUUUCAAUUAUUUUUAUUAUAUAAAAAAUAUGUUGUCAUCAAAAAUUAUGUUAGCAUUUAUGCUAAUUGUGGUUUUAUGUCAAGUUUACGGUCAGCCUACAACUGCCGGCACCACAUCCGGUGGCAACAGUAUUGAGGCCAAUGGUGGUGGUGGAGGCGGCGGAUCGGGUGGCGGCAGUGUUAAAGUAACGGGCGCCACCGGCGGCAACAUUGAGGCCAGUGGUAGUGGCAGCGGUUUCGGUGGCGGUCAAGGUUCGGCUAAAGUUUCAUCAGGUACACGUUAAGCCACACUAUUGAAAUUAAAAAAAGUACCAUACUCUAAUUAAAUAUGUUUAUUUUUUUUA